CGAACGCGCGAGAGGAGGUGUGUGUGUGCGCGUGAGAGAGCAGGUAUAUAAACUUGAGUGUAUGAAAUAGUUGUGAAAUGUUAUUAGAUAACUGGAUGUGGUGGAAGGACUAUGUCGAAAUAGAAGUCACUGUGUUUGUGCUGUGAUGUGCGAUGCGCGGAGCAGAUAGAGGCUGCGGUAGUCACAGCUGCUCCGCGUGCAGGACGUUUGACGCCCUCAGGGCAGGCUUUUGGAGCACGGCCUGCUUCUUCUUUCCCAGGCCCGCCGAAGGCCCCUCGCAGCCUCUCCAGAGGAACCGCUGGUCUUCCAGGUCGGUCGGAAACUACUCCAGGGCCUCGGGCAGGAUGGGCUCCACCAGGCCCAUGAAGAGUGGCGGCGGCUUCAUCCACGGGGGCUUCAAGGCUGCCGCGCUUGUGCAUCGGUCGCCGCCCCGACCCGGGCUGACCCGUUCGCGCACCACGCUGGACGCAGGCUGUGCCACCCCACUCCUCCGCCCACUCCCUGGCCCACUCCUCCUCGGGCCAUUCCUUGGCGCUCUCCUCCUCCAGCCACUCCCUGGCGCCGUCCGCCUCGUCCCACUCUCUGGCGUCGCCCUCGAUGACGGAGCUGACCCCGUCGCCGUCCACGCGCUCGCUCGCCUCGUCGUCGGCGUACUCGUCGCAGUCGUCAGCCACGCUCAGUCGCAGCUCGUCCAACCUGAGCCUCGGCUGGCGGGAGUUCCGGGCGCGGCGGAAGCCCUUCGCCGUGCUCUACGACGGGCAGAAGGCCCAGUCCCGCGGCGGUGUUGGGGAGGGGUUGCUGCCGGCCCUGCGCCACCACGUGCUGGGGGAGAAGAAGGCCAGGGCUGCCCAGAAUACCAAAGACUCAACCAAAGAAAGUUCCUCCCGCUCGACCAAAGACUCGGUGCUCGCCAAGGAGGCGGGCGUCGCCGCUCGCACCUUCACCAAAGCCACAACCAAAGCUCCUCCUUCGGACGCGAAGGACCACAAGGACGCCAAAGGAUCCUUUCCUUUCCAGCAUCGCAAAGACCAAGCUCAAAGGACGCCGAGAUGACCUCCGACGCUUCACCACCAGUGUGCUGCCGGCGCACUUGCUCGGCCUUGCCAAGCACGCCGCC